AUGAAGCUCGUCCGGUUUCUGAUGAAAUGCGCCAAUGAGACGGUGACAAUUGAGCUCAAGAAUGGUAAGUUCAGCCGCUCAAUCUCUUCUCUCCUCGAUAUCCAACUCCCGCGAUUCCUGGGCGGGCCACGAUUUCCAGACCAAGCCUCAGUUCUGACGCUAAUCAAAACCCAUGCAGGCACAAUCCUCCACGGUACCAUCACAUCGGUCUCCCCGCAGAUGAACACUUCCCUCCGCACCGUUAAGAUGACACCCAAGGGCCGUGACACCGUGUCGCUUGAUACCAUCAACAUCCGUGGCUCCACGAUCCGUUAUUAUAUUCUCCCCGACAGCUUACCGCUUGAUACUCUCCUCGUGGACGACACCCCUAAGCCGAAGAACAAGGCUCGCAAGGAAGCAGACCGCGGCCGCGGGGGCCGCGGCGGUCCCCGUGGUCGCGGCGGCCGUGGUGGUGGCCGUGGUCGCGGGCGGGGGCGAGGCUUCUAG